AUGGCGAGCGCGGCAUCGGGCCUGGCCCAAGUGCGGCACCUCGGCGGGAACGUCGGCCGAGACGAGAGCGAAAAGGCGACGAAAGAUUACGAGGAGUACUUCGCCGAGGAGGAUGACUCCAAGCGCACGGGGAACUACGCGGACGUGGUGAACAAGUACUACGACCUCGCGACGUCGUUUUACGAGUACGGAUGGGGGGAGUCGUUUCACUUCGCCCAUCGGUACAGGUGGGAGACGCUGCGCGAGUCGAUCGCGAGGCACGAGCAUUACUUGGCGAGCAAGCUCGGCGUGAAGAAGGGCGAUCGCGUGCUGGACGUCGGCUGCGGGGUCGGUGGACCUCUGAGAGAGAUCUCGGCGUUCACCGGUGCGGCGGUGACGGGGUUGAAUAAUAACGCGUUUCAGAUCGCGCGAGGGGAGACGCUGAAUCGACGAACCGGAAGACACGAUCACUGCGGGUUCAUCAAGGCGGAUUUCAUGAACAUUCCGUGUGACGAUAACUCAUUCGACGGGGUGUAUCAGAUUGAGGCCACUUGUCACGCCCCGGACGCGGUGGGGUGCUACUCUGAGAUUUUCCGCGUGCUCAAGCCGGGCGGAGUGUUCGCCUCGUACGAGUGGUGCCUGACGGAUGAGUACGACGAGAAGAACCCGGAGCAUCGGGCGAUCCGACAGGACAUCUUGCUCGGCAACGGAUUACCGACGGCUAGAACGACGCAUGAGGUGUUGGACGCGCUGGAGAAGGCUGGAUUUGAAAUUAUCGAGGAAGAGGACUUGGUGAAGACGGCUGACAUUGCUUGGUACGAGCCCAUCGAUCCGUACCGACGCUGGUCGCCGUUCCGCGAUUUCUGGUCCUUCAAAACCACAUCUUGGGGUCGCAACAUCACCCACUACUUCGUCCUCGCUCUCGAGAAACUGGGUAUCGCACCCAAGGGAAGCGUCAACGUGAGCACGUUCUUGAAGAAGGGUGCAGAUGCGCUCGUCGCCGGGGGCAAGACGGGCACAUACACGACCAUGUACUUGACGGUUGCGAGAAAACCGUUGUCGAAAUCUGAGCUUAAAGCGGAGCUCAAACGGGCUGCCAGCACGCCACGCAAGCGAUGA